AUGGCUGAUGAAAUUGCAUCAGCAAUGGAGCAGGAAAUGGUGGAAGAACAGGCUAUAAAGUGCCCAAGGCCUUCAGCAAAGAGGCAAAGGAAAGGAUCUCCUGACGCCCGAGAAGAAACAGAUAAAGAACGUGUAGACGAUAGUCUUCUGCAAGAUGCACGUAGAAUCAAAGAAAACAUCAGGGUCUACAUGAACGCAACAGACAGGAACGUGAGUGCGAAGGUACAAAAGCACGUUAAUGGGAAAAUUCAGCAGUUAAUAGAUAUAAUGGAGACAAUAUAUGAUAAGAACUAUGAAAAAACGUUUUUAGUACAACGUGUGGUAAAGGACACAUUAGCUUCCUCUGAAAUGUAUGAUAUCAUAGUAAAUGCAUUAGUGGAAAAAGCUGUACCUAUGGUUAUCGAGGGACUCAAGACGGAAAGUAAAACCAUACAAAGACCACUGUCAGAACCUCAGACAUCUCGGGAGUUUCCAUGCGUUAAAGAACAACCGCUAUUAGCCGAUGCCCUUAUUGAGACCACGGAGAAUGAAAGUUUCCAGGAAUUCGACUGUUGCUACACCGACUUGCUACCACUCUACAGAUUUUAUGUCAGCCUUUUACGAGCGAGGAUUGCACCAGCUGCUCUAAAUCUCCCCUGCCAGUACUUCCCAUCUUAUCGUGUCCGUUCCUCGGUGAAGGGGUUUUCCUGUUUACUUUCGUAA